AAACUAAAAUGAACACCAUACUAUUUGUACUAUUUUUGGUACCAGCUACGAGUGCGAUUUUACCCGACCCAAUAGAUCAAUGCGUAACAGAGACGACCUCAUUCCAUACGCUUCUUAAUUUUGCCUCAAAUAUUGUAAAAGUGAAGGAUGCUAUCUGCAAUAGCAAUGAAACACUGAAAUCAGGGGGACAGAUUUCUGAUUAUAACACAGGAUUGGCAACAAAAGAGGAUAUCAGAAAAAUAAACACGCAACUGGCAACAAUACUUGGAUUACUACAAAGUUGUGGGAAAGACGCCUGCCAUACGUUAUACCCACAAGACUGUGAAGACCUGUUAAUGAGAGGUUACAGAGAGAGUAAGGUGUAUACCAUUUACCCAAAUAAAGGAACUGGAUUCCAGGUCUACUGUGAUCAAGAGACAGCUGGGGGCGGAUGGACGGUAAUACAAAGGAGACAGGACGGAUCGGAGGAUUUCUUCAGAACCUGGAAUGAGUACAAGAACGGGUUCGGAAACUUAUCAAAUGAAUUUUGGCUUGGAAAUGACAAAAUCCACACACUUACAAAUUCAGGACAAUACACUUUACGAAUCGACUUGAAGGAUUUUUCAGGAAAUUCUCGAUAUGCAACAUACAACACCUUUAAUGUUGGAAAUGAAGAUUCUGGAUAUCUUUUAAAGGUUUCGGGUUACAGUGGAAACGCUGGCGACGCAUUUGGAUCUCGACAUAAUGGCGCCAAAUUUGUCACAAGGGAUCGUGAUGAUGAUAAGACUUGUGCACAUAGAUUUAGAGGAGGGUGGUGGUACAGAGCUUGUCAUUACGCUAAUCUCAACGGUCUCUACCUACGAGGAAAUCAUUCAUCGUACGCUAAUGGUGUUAACUGGCGUAACUGGCUAGGUUAUCACUAUUCCCUGAUGUUUGCUGACAUGAAAAUCAGAAAGUAAAGGAAAUUAAAUCAAAACAUACUAAAGGCAUACAAUCUUACCAGAAAUAGUUUAAAUAUAUAAAUAAAAUAUGUAAUAAUUCA